AUGUUCCAAGAAAUUGUCAUUAGCUUAUAUUUGUUUCGGUAUGCAUUAUCUAUUCCAAUUGAUAACGGUAUUGAAGGUGGUCCUGAAGUGGAGUGUGGUGCAACAUCAUUAGAAAUAAACUUCAAUACAAGAAAUACGUUCGAUGGUCAUGUUUAUGUGAAAGGUUUAUACGAUAAAGAUGAAUGCCGAACGGGAAGUACUGGAAAACCGAUUGCGGAUAUUGUACUUCCAUUUGAUAGUUGCAAUCUUGCACGAGUUAGAUCGUUGAAUCCGCGAGGCAUUUUCGUUCGCACAACAGUUGUCAUCAGUUUUCAUCCUCAGUUUCUCACAAAAAUCGAUCGAGCUUAUCGUAUCGAAUGUUUUUAUAUGGAGGCUGAUAAGACAGUCAGCACACAAAUCGACGUCUCUGAAAUUACAACUGGUUUUCAAACGCAAAAUGUACCAAUGCCAGUAUGUCGUUAUGAAAUUCUUGACGGAAGUCCAGCUGGAGAGCCGGUUCAGUUUGCCAUAAUCGGUCAACAGGUCUAUCAUAAAUGGACAUGCGAUUCGGAAACGCUCGAUACAUUUUGCGCAAUCGUACAUUCAUGCGUGGUUGAUGAUGGACUUGGGCAUUCAGUUGAGGUGUUGAAUGAAGAGGGUUGUGCAAUAGAUAAAUAUCUGCUUAAUAAUCUCGAAUAUCCAACCGACCUGAUGGCUGGUCAAGAAGCACAUGUUUAUAAAUAUGCAGACCGAUCACAACUCCUUUAUCAAUGUCAAAUUUCUAUUACAAUCAAAGAACCCGGAAGUGAAUGUAAACGUCCAGAAUGUAACGAUCCUCAAGGAUUUGGUGUACUCAAAUCUGAUCAAUUACAAGAUAAAAAAGUCAGUCAGUUGCGAUUGUUGAAAAAACGUCACGUUAAGAAUGAGAACAUACUUGACGUAGAAACCGAUGUGAACGUUUUGGAUAUCACCUAUCAGGUUCGUUCGCUUAUUAAUACAACGUGGCCACAAAUAUAA